AUGCCAACACCCAAGGCCUUCAUAUUUGAUGUAUUCGGGACUGUGGUCAACUGGCGCUUCAGUUUAGCCCGGGGUCUAUCCGUCGCGGCUCAGACAGCUAUCCAAUUCCACGAGGCCAACAGGAGCGGCGAUGCCAACGUUCUGACUCGCACCAAAGCACUGACGCAUACAGACUGGGAAUGGUUUGCGUAUGAGUGGUACUCCCGAUACAUUGAGUUUGCUGCAUCCGCCCAGCCAGGCGUGACCACCUUCAUGCCGCAGGAGGAGGUGCACCGCCGGACACUCAGGUUGAUGAUCCCCAAGUGGCGCAUGGACGGCCUCUGGACCCCCGAGCAGCUCGAGGAGCUGGUGCUGCUGUGGUACAAGCUGGACGCCUGGCCGGAUUCCGCCGCCGCCAUCGCGCGCCUGGCGAAGCACGGCCCUGUAAUCACGCUGUCGGACGGCUCCAUCAAGCUUCUCACGUCGCUAAACGAGAGGAACCAGCUCGGAUUCACCAAGAUAUGGGGCUCGGACACCUGGGAGGCCUACAAGCCCGAUCCCGCCGUGUACACCGGCGCAGUCCGAAAGCUGGGUUUGAAACCUGAUGAGGUCGUGCUAGUUGCAGCUCACUUGGGCGAUCUCUGGGGUGCUAAGAAAUGCGGACUCAAAGCGUUCUACGUAGAGAGGGCAUUCGAGGAGAGAUGGUCUAAGGAGCAGAUCGAGAAGGCGAAACAGGACGGCUGGGUUGAUAUCUGGAUCCCAUAUGAAGAGGGAGGCUUGCGAGGUCUUGCUGAUGCACUUGAGAAGUGA